GUUCGAUCUUCAUGUGUUGCAAGUUGCAUAUAUUAUAUUAAAGCGUUUCUGAAAUGUUUACCAAAGGAAAAUAUCAGGGACGCAAACCAAAACAAAAUAAUUCUCUGAAGAUAUGUGUUACGCCUCUCAGGCUGAGCGCACCUUAACAUCCAAUUGCCUCUUCGAAUCUUGUUCAGAGUUUUGAGUUCAAUGGAUGGAAAUAGGGGAAAAAAGGAAACUAUAGCAACCAUUGUUAGAAGGAAAAAUCUAGUAGGCAUUGUUGAAAAGAAAAUCGAGAUAGUUAGAAAAGAGAGUAGCAAGUGCGAAGUGCGAAGAUUUUCAAUGAAAAUUAAAUUAUUUGAAAUUCUAGAUCAGGUAAAAGAAACAAAAUUAUUUGAUUUUGAAUUCGAGUUAAAAAUUAAUUCAUUCAUAGAUUAGCACCAAGCAUACACCUAGCCUCAGUUAAAUGAUUCUACUGCUAAGUGAUUUAUCUACUAUAAAGGGUAAGCACUUAAGUUUACUUAAAUUAAACCUUAACUUAUUUCUAACAUUAUACUUAAAAUAAAUAGGCUAGUUAAAAAGCGUAUUGAAUACACCUGAGGAGGCUUCCUGAUAGAACAGGCAACAGGAGUCACUAAAACGAAAUUUUAAUAUACCCAGCAAAAAUAGUGGUGAUUUGUUUUUCGGAAACUGCACUCCUGUUGGCGAAGCCAACAUUUUAAAAUUUCGUUUUAACAUAACGAUGUUGGAUCGGACCACAAACGCUCCAGACGGAACCGGUAAACAAGCUACCGCAGAUCAUCGAAACCUUAUUGGCUCAACCCCGGAAGUUUCAAGUCUCCAUAACAUGGUAGAUCCGCCCGCGGGUACAUCUAAAUCUACCGUUGUACAACAAAGUACGUCGAAGGUGCCAUGUUCAUGUUUGGAAUGUGAGAAACCGGACACUAGUAGCAUGGUCCAAUGCGACAAGUGUGAUGGAUGGGCUCAUUAUUCAUGUGUAGGUGUGGAUGAAGACAUUGCGGACCGAAGUUGGAACUGCUCGAAAUGUGAAAUCGCGGGAGCAUACCGGAAAGGUAAACUGAAGUCCAAGAAGAUCUCAUCAUCGCUGAAGACAUCGAACGCCAAGGACCGGAAGAAGACGUUACUUGUUGCGAUAGUGAAAGGUGGCGGGAAGAAGACGACAUCGAAGGUUGUUAAAAAGUCAACCGAUAAUGGUCAUGCUAAGGAAUCUGCUGAUACAGAAGCAUGCGGAAGAGGUGGAAUGUCUGUGGAUAAAACUAAUGACACGGCGCAGAAGGCUAAAUCGAUUGUUUCUGCGUCUUCCUUUAAAUCUGCCAAAGCACGUUUGGAGGUUCGCUUGAAGCAGAUUGAAGCAGAAGAAACGCUGAUGGCAGAAGAAAUGAAACGUAAGCGCGAGCUAGUAAAUAAGAAGUUCGAAGUCCUCAAGGAGUUGGCUGACCUGGAAGAUGAUGGUGAAUCUGUGGACGAUACACCAAACUCUCACGGUAAAGUGGAAGGUUGGCUGAAGGACAACGACAGAAAAUUCGUAAAAGAAAAACACGAUUCAGAGCACGAUGGAGAGGAUAAGUUUGAGGAUGACGCCAGCAACAGUGAAGAGGACGUUUCUGUCGACAACGAGAGCAACGAAGUAUCUGGAGAUGAGUCAGAAAUGGGAGAUGAAGAAGUGUUGGAAGAGAACCAUGGCAUAGAAUCAUUCAAACCCGGAAGGCAAUCGACGAUGAAGGAUGCAGCUAGUAGAACGUCAGGAGCGGGAUCUAAGAGUCAUUUACAAAGAUACAAACGACUCACUAAAGAUGAGUUAGCAGCGCGUCAGGUCGUUCCACGUGAAUUGCCCAAGUUUAGCGGCAAUCCCGAAGAAUGGCCAAUGUUCGUCUCAACCUACGAAGAUACCACAGAAAUGUGUGGGUACACCGAAGCCGAGAAUAUGAUCCGCUUAAGAAAUUGCUUGAAGGGGGAAGCGUUUUAUGCAGUUCGCAGUUUUCUCAUGCGCCCGGCAACGGUGGGAAAAGCAAUGAAUGCCUUAAAGUUGCGGUUUGGAAGACCGGAGACAAUCAUCGAGUACCUUAAGGACAAGAUCCUGUCGUUGCCGGCUAUCAAAGGAGAAGCAAUAAAUAAGAUCGUUGAUUUUGCUCUUGAGGUGCAGAACUUGAGUGCCACCAUAGAAGCUUGCGGAAAAAUGGAGUAUAGCUCUGACGUAACUCUGCUGAAGGAAUUAGUGAACAAAUUACCACCUCACAUCAGGCUUGAUUGGGCGAAGUACCGGAAGAACAAAUCAAAGGUGAAGCUUUCUACAUUCAGCCGUUGGAUAUAUGGUCUGGCAGAGGACGUAAACGUUGUUUUCGAACCACAGUUUCGAGUAGGAAAACAGAAGUACGUGAAUACCCAUUCAGAAGAGGUUGGUAAAGAGGAGUCACAGAAAAUCCCUCAGAAACCUGUAGCGAAGGCUGAUUCCUCAACGAGCGCAGCAGCAGAUAAAAACAAAAGUUGUUUGGUGUGCAAAGGUGGUUGUACGAACGUCGGGAAAUGUAAACGAUUCCAGGAGUUAUCGUAUGAGGCAAAAUGGGCGACCAUCCGGGAAUUCCAUCUAUGUCGUAGGUGCUUACGACGCCAUAAAGGAGGCUGUGAUGGUGCGUGUGGAAAAAAUGGAUGUACCUUUAGACACCAUGCGUUGUUACACAAGGAUCUCAACGAUACGGUUACUGUUGGGGAAUCCGGAAAUGACACUUCACGUCGAAUGCAAAACGAGGAGCGCAACAUUAAUACUCAUCUAUCCGGCAGUGGUCCAGGUACUUUCCGCUAUGUGCCCGUUACGCUCUAUGGAAAUAACAAGCAGGUGAAAUGCUUCGCCUUCCUUGAUGAUGGAUCGGAGCUGACUCUCGUUGACGAGGAAUUAGUUAAAGAGUUGCAGCUUUCUGGAGUACUGCGCCCACUUUGUCUCAAAUGGACCGGAGGUACACAUCGUUUCGAGUCGAACUCGCACAGCGUAAAUAUUGAGAUCUCCGGUCACGAAGGCAAACGAUAUCGGCUUCAAGACGUCAGAACGGUUGAAGAGCUUCAGUUACCUUGUCAGUCGCUGGACAUGAACUAUCUCGAACGUUAGUUUAGCUAUUUACGAAAUCUUCCUAUCGAUUCUUACUCAGAAGUCCGUCCCCGAAUCUUGAUCGGCCUCAAGCACGCCAACAUAAUGCUGGUACGCAAAAGCCGUGAAGGUAAAAUGAGUGAACCUAU